GCUUUCAUCGUUCGGCAAAAAGUGGGUCCAGCUAAGCUAGCGCGAAUGAGCCACCGGACCCUGUUAUGUCCCUCCCUUUCAGGCUUUCAUUCCCAAACUCCCCUCACCGGUCCAUCUCAAUAUCCUCAGUGUCUUACCUAUCGACGACACCUGCUCAGCUCAUCACAUCCAGUAAUCUGCCUCGAUCGUUGCUCUGUUGAGUCCUCACUCCGACAUUCAUCGCCCAAGCUGCUCUGUCUACUACAUCUUCUAAGGUAGCAGACAGUCACUGAUGAGUCUACCUUUCGCCCUCUCGGUCACUACGCCAUGCACAGCCCCCCCAUACUCGCUACCCCAGCGUCGCUUGGGUCCCUUGAUUGCUGUCAAUAUAGCCUAUAGCUCUGGUCAUGUCGGUCUCCGUACACAAGGCCAGUUGACAGCGCCAUCGCUGCAAACAAGCAUUCUCGGUCCGGCACUCCUCGCCUUGGCUAUAUGUGUCUUGCUACCUAUCCCCUAA